UGUGAGCUACACCCAGCAGGUGUAGUGUGAUAAAGUGUAACACUGAGAGCUGGUAUAGCCGUGCACAGGUGUGACCACAGACAAACAUUGCCAGGUGUUGACUCGAGCGGUGCGUGGAGGACAGCCUUGGAGCUCAAUAUAUUAGGUGGUGAUCAAGCCGGUGACCUGUGGUGACCCGAGGGCAGCGUGACGCAGUAUUGACCCGGCCACAACACCUUGAGAGUGAGAGUGGUGCCAGCGGGCCAGGCUACACCACACCGUCAGCCCUACACACACACACACACACACACACUACACCAGCACCAUACACCUAGUGUGUGUGGUUGUUGUUCUCGCCCACAACUCCCCUCACUACCACCACCACCACAACCACCACCACCACUACCACCACCGCCUCCACCACCACCACCACUUCUACCACCAGGCCCCCCUCAACCACCACCAUCUCCACCAUGGCAUUCGCCGGACUUAAAAAACAGUUCAAUAAAGCCAAUCAAUUUAUGAACGAGAAGAUCGGCGGGGUGGAAGGGACCAAGCUGGAUGAAGACUUCAUGGAGAUGGAGCGGAAAACGGACAUCAUGUGCGAGCUGGUGGAGGACUUACAGCUCAAGACGAAGGAGUUCCUCCACCCGAACCCGGCGUCGCGGGCCAAGAUGUCGGCGGUGAAGGGCAUAGGCAAGUUAUCAGGGCAGGCCAAGGCCUCCACCUACCCCCAGCCCGAGGGCGUCCUCGGCGAGGCCAUGGUCUCUUACGGCAAGAGACUCGGAGAAGAUAAUCCCUAUGCGGCAGCGCUGGUGGAGACUGGCGAGAGUAUGAAACAGAUUGCGGACAUUAAAUACAACUUGGACGACAACAUGAAGAUGAAUGUGUUGGAGCCGCUUCAUCAGUUGGCAUCAAAAGAUAUAAAGGAGGUCCAGCAUCACCGCAAGAAGCUCCAGGGUAGGAGACUAGACUUCGACUGCAAGAAGAGAAAAAAGGAUAAGGCACUUAUCACUACGCCCAGCAGUAGUCCAGCUCGCAGCCCGGGCUGGGGGGGAGGUUCCCAUGUCACCGAGGAUGAAAUCAAAAUGGCGGAGGACAAGUUUGCCGAGUCGCUGCAUUUGGCACAGAUGGGCAUGCAUAACCUCCUGGAGAAUGACGUCGAGCAGAUAUCGCAACUUGCAACAUUCGCAGAAAACUUGCUUGAUUAUCACAGACAGUGCACUGAGAUCUUGGAGGUGCUAGCAGGAACUCUCCAUGACAAGAAAAAUGAAGCAGCUAGUAUCCCAAAGCCAGAGUUUGUGCCAAAGACUCUGUCAGAACUAGGAGUGAUGGACUCCCUGAAUGGUGGCUUACCAUCUACCAAUGUUACAGCCACCACCCCUCAGAGGUCCCCGUACGGUUCGCCCGCCCGCUCUCCGGCGCACACCCCCACGCACACCCCCCAGUACCCAGGCUCGUCCCCCCUGCCUUCCCCCAUGAACCCGGGCCAGCCCAACUGGGAGCCUCUCUUCCCCCCAGGAGGCCCCCCGCGCUCUGCUAAUGCAUCAUCCUUACCUUCACCCAUGAAGAGUCCGGCACGCUCGCCCAUGGUGCAGACGCCCUGUGCACACGCCCUCUAUGACUUUGAGCCAGAGAAUCCCGGAGAACUGGGUUUUAGUGAGGGAGAUAACAUUACACUCACGCAGCAGAUUGACGAGAACUGGUUUGAAGGAACAGUUAAUGGGAAGAUGGGUUUGUUCCCAGUGAGUUAUGUGAAUGUGACGGUGCCUCUUCCUUAAGUCUCUUAACAUCCCUGCCUGAAGCCGCCACCUGCUGAGACCCAUGGGAUCUUCAUCUACUGUAGAUGGAGUGCUGUUGAAGUUGACUGAUCUGUUAUUGUUACUGAAAGUGUAGUUUAUCUGCAGUAGAAUAAUUUAUGUAAAUAAUAA